AUGUUGGAACCCCAUUCGCAUAGGCGUCCUCUGGAUUCAUCCUCCGUCUACAGUCAUUCACGCUCUCGAACGACUUCGUCCAACACCUUCCCAGUCCAACAACCCACGCCAAUGCAUCUGCAUCAGCCAUAUGGGCAGCCGCAUCAGCAGUCUUUCACCCGACGUUCUCCCUCGGUCAACACCUUUUCGACCACAUCGACGGUCCCGCCCCCGGCCGCCUACCGUACUUCUCCCACCAACGACCUGCGCCGAUCAACAUCAUCCCGCUCUGGCGGCGCUCCUGCCCAGGCAACGGGCUACGUUGCCCUUCUCCGAAAGCAAAAGGCCACCGUCUGGUGCGACCGGUCGCAGUAUGAGGAUCCUCGCCUCCUAGCCGCGCAACGUGCCGCGAAGCUGCGCGCCAAUAUGGAGAUGGUUGGUGGUCAGCGCACUGCUUCGGGCUCGUCUGGCCCGAGUGGCCGCACCACUACCGGUAUCAGCGCGACCGGCAAGGUUGCUGCGAAGAUCCGCCACCACGGCAAGCCCGGUGUUGUUGGAUAUGCUCCAGGCGAAAACCACAUUGGCGUCGGCGGUGUUCCCAUGCGUCUCAGCGCCACCGAAGUCGAGGCCGAGAGCAGCGACGACGACGAUGCGGCGGCGGCUGCCGCGUCACGGCUGCACCACCGCAGAACGGGGAGUAGUGGACGCAGUAGCACAGCCAGCCGACGUGGACUCACGUAUCGCACUUCGGGUGCCAGCAACGGGCCUAAGUGGAGUCCCGGCGACACACCUGAGAGGACUGGCAGUAUCGUCGAGGAGCGACCGGGAGGAGAACAAGUUCUCGGUGACGCAGCAAGCGAGAAAGCCAGGAGCAUGGCAAGUGGAAGCAGCGGCGAGCGGGCAGACGCUGUGGGCGAGCUUGGAGGUGGCAGCAACCCUGCCGCUAGAUUGGCGAGCAAUUCGCUCAUGAACUCGACAGUGACGCGCGAGAAGAGCGUCAAGACGGUGGACGAGCUGAGGAGGAGAGGCAGCGUCGAUGAGCGCACCAGCUCCCUCAACACAACUGGACGGCUGUAUAUCGCCAAUCCUGAUUAA